AUGGACAUCCCCAUCAGCGGCAGAGACUUUCGCUGCCUGCAGCUGGCCUGUGUGGCCCUUGGCCUGGUGGCUGGCAGCAUCAUCAUCGGUGUCUCUGUGUCCAAAGCUGCAGCUGCCGUGGGUGGUAUCUUUAUUGGCGCCGCUAGUCUGGGGCUCCUUAUCUUGGCCUACCCCUUCCUGAAAGCUCGGUUCAACCUGGACCACAUCCUGCCUAACAUAGGGAGCCUGAGAAUCCACCCCCACCCAGGGCCAGACCAUGCGGAGGGAAGAUCCAGCACCAAUGGCAAUAAAGAUGGAGUCCGAAGCAGCCUAUCCACCGUGAGCAGAACUCUGGAGAAGCUGAAGCCAGGGGGCCGAGGCACUGGAGAAGGUUGA